UUGACGCGGAGCAGAAGUCCGUCUCGUGGGCCUCGUCGAUAUAGAAGCCGUAGCUAUACCCCCAGUCGAAGCCGGAGCAGGACGCCUCCUCCACGAAGUUCAAAGGUUGGUUCAGAAGGACUGACCUUGUACAAAGCCGCCCGUCGCUUACAGCCAUCUAGAUUGUUGUUGAGAAACUCACCAAGAAUGUCAAUGAGGGCCACCUUCGAGAAAUUUUUGGCUCCUAUGGUCCAAUACGAGACUUGGAUAUGCCAAUGAAUCGACAAUUCAUGACGAAUCGGGGCACUGCUUAUAUUCAUUACGAUGCACCAGCCGACGCCGAAGAAGCGAUCUCACACAUGCAUGAGGCUCAGCUUGACGGAGCUGUGAUCAAUGUCUCUAUAGUUCUACCACGCCGCAAGUUCUCUCGGUCACCGCCCCCUGCACGACGAGGUGGUCCAGGUUUCGGCCCCCCUUCAGGACCGCCAGGUGGCUUUCGAGGCCCGCCUCCGCGUCUAGGCGGCGGAGGAAGAUUCCGAUCGCCUCCUGGCAGACGCACUCCUCCCCGUGGCAGAUUUGGCCGACCAGAACCCAGAGGAGGCUACGGAAAUUCAUAUCGCCCGCGUUCACUGAGCAGGUCUCGUUCUCCCCGCUCUCGCUCAGGAUCAUACUCGAGGUCGAGAUCGCGAUCACUCAGCCGAUCACCCCCGCCUCGGAGGAGAGCAAGAGAUAGCCCGCCGCCACGGAGACGACGUCGAAGUCCGAGCUAUAGCAGCUACAGCAGCUACAGUGAUCGCAGUCGAAGCCGCAGUCGGGAUCGAGGAAGGGGGCGAAGAUGAUCAAAACCCGUCAAUGUUUUCUGUGUGAAAAGCCAUUACGCUUUUAUUCGAAAAACAUCAUCGAUUCCUCUUUGUCGAAUCCGUCUUCGAAUCCGUCUUACCGUAUCAUUCAAAUUAUUUACUCCUUCGAAUCUGGCAUGAUUAACUGGCGCCAAAAAAGCAUACUUGGAAUUGUUGUGGCUCGCUUGGUAGCAGGGAAUAAAUCAGAUCCUUCCUGAUUGUUGCUUCCAAGCACUAGAUAAAAGUG